AGCUGGAUUGAUUCAAUGGAGGAAAGUUUAGAUGUCUAGUCUAUAUACUAUAGUAUAAUUUAUGUUUAUGAUAACAUUUACUUGUCACUAUUUUGAUUUAAUAAUAGUUACUAUUUAAUUACUUAGUAGCAGAAGAAAAUCAGGGCUAGCUUAAAGUUAACUGAAUAUUUUUGUUAUGAAAUUCGCUGAACAUUUAUCAGCACAUAUUACACCAGAAUGGCGAAAACAGUAUAUUACGUACGAGGAAAUGAAAGUCAUGUUGUAUGCUUCGAUGGAAAGAGCACCAUCAGAAGAAGUUGUGGAACGAAGAGAAAUUACUCAAUACUUUGCAAAAUUUGAUGAAGAAUUUUUUCACUACUGUGAUAAGGAAUUGGCAAAGAUAAAUACAUUUUUCUCAGAAAAACUAGCAGAAGCUACCCGCAAGUUUGGUAAUAUAAAGACAGAGCUAAACAAUUCUCUUGAGGUUUCUGGUGUAAAAAGUGAAUCCGGGGGAAAAAGGUUAACAUUCAAGCUGAAAGCCCUGAACAGAGAAACUCAUAAGCAGGUCCAAACCCAAACACGAAAGAUGCAUGACCUAAAGCUUGCAUUUAGUGAGUUCUAUCUAAGUUUGAUUCUCCUACAAAAUUACCAGAACCUCAACUUCACUGGUUUUCGAAAGAUUCUGAAGAAACACGACAAGUUAUUUGGUACCGAUGCUGGAGCUAAAUGGCGACAAGCCCAUGUGGAUGUGGCACCAUUUUACUCUAACAAAGAUAUUGACAAACUCAUUCAAGAAACAGAGACACUUUUCACAUCAGAAUUGGAAGGAGGAGACAGACAAAGAGCAAUGAAAAGAUUAAGAGUUCCUCCACUGAAUGAUAAGCAAUCACCAUGGACAACAUUUAAAGUGGGCUUAUUUUCAGGUGCCUUUCUAGUGCUUAUAACGACUGUAAUUCUGUCAGGUGUAUUCAGUAAAACCAGGGAUGACUGGCGUAUUGUUUUUCGACUGUACAGGGGAACUCUGCUCAUUAUUCUUUUUAUGUUCUUGAUUGGUAUUAAUGUGUAUGGAUGGAGAACAUCGGGAGUGAACCAUGUAUUGAUAUUUGAGCUGGACCCAAGAAAUCAUUUAUCAGAACAGCACUUGAUGGAAAUGGCAGCAAUUUUUGGGGUUUUGUGGACAAUCAGUGUUCUUGGUUUCCUCUACAGCAACACCUUAGCGAUUCCUGCUUAUGCAAACCCAUUGACUCUGGUGAUUGUAAUGCUUUUAUUUCUAGUCAACCCAGUAAAAACUAUGAGACAUCAUGCUCGAUUCUGGCUUCUUCGAGUCCUUGGUCGAGUAAUAGCUUCUCCAUUCUUUCACGUGGGAUUUGCUGACUUCUGGCUUGCAGAUCAACUGAACAGUUUAGUGCCAGUUCUGGUGGACUUUGAAUAUUUCGUCUGUUUCUAUGUCAGUACCCUAGAUUGGACAGAAAAUAGUGAUGUUGUUCGUUGUAUGGACAAACAAGUGGGUAUGAUAUUUAGACCUAUUGUAGCCUGCCUACCUGCAUGGUUUCGAUUUGCUCAAUGUCUUCGUCGCUAUCGAGACACUAAUGAAGCUUUUCCUCACUUGGUAAAUGCAGGAAAAUACUCCACUACAUUUUUUGUCGUUACUUUUUCAACCCUCUUCAAUGUAUUUAAAGAUAGAUAUGAAGAGUCUGAAUACAACCCUUUUUUCUUCCUCUGGAUCGUAUGUGCAGUGUUUAGUUCUUGCUAUACGUACAUCUGGGAUAUUAAGAUGGACUGGGGGCUCUUUGAUUCAAAUGCUGAAGAGAACAAGUUUCUCAGAGAAGAAAUUGUCUAUUCUUCACCGGGUUACUAUUAUUUUGCUAUUAUUGAAGACUUUCUUUUGCGAUUUGGAUGGACAGUCUCAGUAUCAAUGGCUGAUCUUGACUUGAUUAACAGUGACUUAGUUGUUUCUAUUUUGGCCCCAUUAGAGGUCAUGAGGCGUUUUGUCUGGAACUUCUUUCGUUUGGAAAAUGAGCACCUGAACAACUGUGGUAAAUUUAGAGCAGUCAGAGAUAUAUCAGUGGCCCCGCUAGACUCUAGUGAUCAGGUUUUAAUUUUGAAAAUGAUGGAUGAACCAAAUGGUGUCAUUAACAGGAAGAGAAGAGAUAAAAAGAAAGGUCACAAGCAUAGAAACAAGCUUGAGAGUAGGAUUCUCUUGGAAGGAAAUGACAUGGAUGAUCCUGAAAUUUAGCGAGUUAUUAACCUGAAUGACAAAUUUGGCUUCCAGUGUUAGAGAAGUAUUGCCAGUGUGAUAUAC